GCACACACCGAGGGCAGCAUGUCCGCGGAGCCGUACGUGUGCGCGUUCUUCAGGCUGGUGCUGCCCCUCACUCUCACCGCAGCCUCCAGUGUAAGGUUUAGCGCCUUCUCUCUGGUUUACAUCCUGCUGCUGCUUCUGCUGCCACUACUACCCCAGCCAACUGCCCCCAACACAGGGACCCCAGCCCGCUGUGUCACUGCUGUGUGUGUGUCCAGCCUCCUCUUCCUCCUGCUCCAGGCCUUCUUCCAGGUGACCACCAUCACCCUGCAGCCAGACAACAACUGUACCUCAUGGCAAAAGGCACUCUCUCAGCUCGGGCUCAUUGGACUCGCAGGCAGUGAUGCGGGCUCAGUUGUACGACACAUAGCUCCGGACCUGGCUGUGCUUUUGGUGGGUUUAAUCACCUGGAGACUCAGCUCUCGUCUUGGACCUCCUCCUCAGGAGCAGGAGGCAGGCUGCACGCUGGAGGCCAUGGACAUGAGCAGAGGAGACAUAGAACACAACCCAAACCGUUUGUGGGCCGAGCUGGAGAACGUUCUAAGGCAAGUGAAAGGUGUCGUGGGAAGCAUGACGUCUACCGGAGGACAGGUGCUGCUCACCGCCCUGCUGGGACUGACAGGUAUCGUGUUCCCGUCGCUGUCCUCCAUGCCCUACCUGCUCUGCUUCCAGGUGUUGUGCUCCUGGUGGGCGUGGUCCGGCCAGGUUUCCUCGGUCAUGAUUGGCUACGUGUCUGUCGUGUCCUUGCUGUAUUCUGCGUGUCACUUCCUGUUGUUCUACUGCUGCCAGCUGCCCACCCUGCAGGACACUGUGGUCAACUCCAGCACGGCCAGUGUGUUCGGAGUGGUGCCAUUGGUUAGGGUGGACUGCAGUGCCCCCUGGAGGCUGCAGCUGAGCCCGGAGCUGCGCUGGUUUCACCUGUGUUCUCCUCUGAUGGUGCUGCUGCUCUUCCACUGUGUGUGUGCCCUACGCAGGAACAAGCUCCUGAAUGCAGACUUAAGCCGCAGUGCAGAGGGGGAGGAGCCUGUGGAGGGGGAGGGACCUGUGGAGGGGGAGGAGCCUGUGGAGCCUCCAGACAACACUGUGUUUGAGCUGUCAGCUGAAGCCAAGAGGGCGCUGUGGAGCCAAGCGCACGUUCGGGUCUCCUCAGCCAAUCACAGUCCCUCUGGUUCAUAUGGCCCGCCUACUCAGAGUACUGUACUGGAAACGGAUCUGUACUCCACUCCUCAGUUCUCCAUCAGCCAGUCAGACACUCUGGAGACGUGCAUGUUUGAGGAGGACCUGGAGCAGAGCCUGGACCCUAGUCUGGAGCAGAGCCUGGGGCAGAGCAUGGCCUCUGUGGCUCUGAGCUUCCUCUUGAGGCAGAGCUAUAUCGCCGCCCUGGUGGCCAUGCUGGCCUGGUCCAUCUCCUACGUGUCCUGGCUCAGUUGUGUGCUGCUGCUGUGGUCCUGUGUUCUAUGGAUGAUGAAGGAACGCCGCCGCCACACCCUGGACUCCGCCCCUUGGCUUGUUGCCUACGGCAACCUGCUGCUCGUCCUGCAGUACAUCUUCAGUCUGCCAGAGGUCCACAAAGUCCCUGGGGUCUUCCCCCAGAAGGAGGAACCCUGUCUGGAGCUGGCAUCAAAGCUGAUCUGCCUGCUGACCUUCUGGAUGCUGCUGCGUCAGUCCAUCACUGAGAAACAAAACACACUGAAGGAGAGCCCCACUCCCACCCGCCUGUCCAGUGUGACGAUCCACACCACAGCACCCUCUGCAGACCUCUGAAUUAUAAUAAUACAACUGUGUGUUUCAGAGAGCUCGUGUGAGGACGCGUUCCUCCUCCAGACCGAGGUGGGCGGAGCACAGAUGAAUGUUCUGGGGGCGGUGCUCAAACGCAUGUUUGUUAAAUACUGGAUCUACGUCUGUGGAACCAUGUUCUUCUUCGUCAGCUUCGAGGGGAAGAUCGUGCUCUACAAAGUCAUCUACAUGGUGAUGUUUCUGUGCUGUGUGGCCCUGUACCAGGUAAACUACCAGUGGUGGCGCUCUCUGCUCAGGGCCUUCUGGCUCACGGUGGUGGUUUACUCCAUGAUGGUCCUGAUCCUGGUCUACACCUUCCAGUUCCCCUCAGCUCCGGUCAGCUGGAGCUACUACACUGGCCUCAGCAUUCACAGGCUGGAUGAUCUGGGGCUGGAGAAGUUCUCUGUUCCUGUGCUCUUCACCAGAAUCUUUAUCCCAGCUGCGUUCCUGCUGGUGUGUGUGAUCCACUUGCAUUACUUUCACGAGCCCUUCCUGCAGCUCACAGACCUUCAGACAGUGGUGGACACUCACAACAGCACAAUCACCAGACUGGUGCAUUCAGACGGCAGCCUGGUGGACCUGUCUGAGGGAGGACACCGCAUGAGCGCUGAGAGCAAACACAUGGACAACAACCUGGAGAUGCAGGAGGAGGAGGAGAUCUGUGUUAAAAGCGAAGCUCAGAUCAUUAACAUUAUAACGCUCACUAAUAUUACAGUACUGGUGUCUUGGCGUCUCGUGGUGGACCGCCUCUCGGUACUCUUCCUGCGCUUCCUCCUGUCCCUACAGAAGCUACAGCGCCUCGUGUGGUGGCUACUGGAAUUGCACAUAGUCAAAGUGGUGUCAGCAUACAUCAUCUGGGUGUCUGUCAAAGAGGUGUGUGUGUUCAACCUGGUAUUCAUUCUGUGUGUGGCUGUGGGCUUACCAUGCAGAAGGUGGCGCCCCCUACUGUCUUCAGUGUGCACCAUCUGGACCUGUGUGGUCAUUGUCUGCAAGAUGCUGUACCAGCUGAACGUGGUACAGCCCAUCAAGUACUCCUCCACCUGCCCCAUGGUCGCUAACACCAGUCUGGACCUGUCCAAGUCUGUGCUGUACUCGGGACCUGUAGACCCCGCCCAGUGGGUGGGACUCAGGAAAACCAAAGGGAGAGUUCUGGACUAUCUGCUGAGUAACCUGACCAUGCUAGCACUGUUAGCCUUUGAGGUGACAGUCUACCGGCAUCAAGAGCUUUAUCGUCUGCGUCGUGGUGAGACCCCGCCCCCUACCAGGACGUUGUUUGAUGACAUCACCAGGUGUCACCUUGAUGAGGGCCUUCUCAACUGCACCAAGUACUUCAUCAACUACUUCUUCUACAAGUUUGGCCUGGAGACAUGCUUCCUGUUGGCAGUGAAUGUGAUUGGUCAGAGGAUGGACGUGUUUGCAGUUGGCCACGCCCUCGCUCUCAUCAGCAUCAUGUGGCGUCGCAGCAGGAGUCUCAUUUCUGCAGUUUGGCCUUGCUACUGCUACUUCCUGUCAGGCAUUUUGUGUGUGCAGUACAUCCUCUGUAUCGGCUAUCCUCCUGCCUCCUGUGCAGAUUACCCCUGGAGGGCGCCCUCCUCCAGCCUAGACUCCAAUGUGGUGAAAUGGCUGUUCCUCCCAGACCACCUCACACCCCCCAACCCCAUCUUUCUGCUCUACGACUUCCUGCUUCUGCUGGGGGCCUCUCUGCAGAGACAGGUGUUUGAGGAGGAGCUGCAGCCUCAUGUCCAGCAGAGGGCAGGAGACAACACAGAGCUGGAGCUGGACCAGGACCCAGACCUGAUCAGGCGCCUUCCCUCCAACCCUGUGCCCGACUUCAUGCUCUGCAGGUCUUACUUAGACAUGCUGAAGGUCAUCAUCUUCUGCUACAUGUUCUGGUUUGUCCUCACCAUCAUCUUCAUCACAGGCACCACCAGGAUCAGUGUCUUCUGUAUGGGCUACCUGGUAGCCUGCUUCUACUUCUUGCUGGUGGGUGGAGACUUACUCCUGAAGCCGCUCAGCUCCAUCCUGCUUUACUGGGACUGUUUGAUUGGAUACAACGUGUUUGUCAUCACCAUGAAAAACAUACUCUCAAUCCUGGCAUGUGGCUUCAUUAAGUCUUUGGUAGUGAACCACUGUUGGCUCAUCCAGCUCUUCAGCCUGGCCUGCACCAUCAAAGGCUACAGCAAACCGGAACAGAACUCCAAACAGUGUGAGCUUCCUAAUGACGAGGCGGGGAUCAUCUGGGAUGGCAUCUGCUUCUGUUUCCUGCUGCUGCAGAGGAGAGUGUUCAGGAGCCACUACUUCCUCUACGUACUCCUGGAUCUGCACAACACCCAGUUGCUAGCGUCAAGAGGGGCAGAGCUGUUUGAGGCCUCCACUGUGAAGGCAGUGAGAGCCAGGCUGCAGGUGGAGAAGAACUCGAUGGACCUGCUCAAGAGACAGAUGGAGAGAAUCAAAACGAGACAGCAGAAGUUCCGCCAAGGCAAAGAGACACUGCUGAGUUUUAACAAGGAGACUGCUGAUGCCGAGGGGAAAACUGCCCCCAAGGACAGGAAGGAAAACCGCCAGUGGUGGAGGCCCUGGGUCAACCACGCCUCCAUGAUCCGCAGUGGGGACUACUAUCUGUUUGAAACUGACAGCGAUGAGGAAACAGAAGAGGAAAAGGAGGAGGAGCAUAUGAAAAGGGUGCGGCCUCAAGACAAAUCUGCAUUUCAGUUUGUUUACCACGCCUGGAUCACUGACUCCAGAACUGCCAUGAGAGCCCGUCAUAGGCAGAAGAAGCUGCACCAGAGGUCUGCCCGGAGGAGGCCACGCUGGGAGCAUAGGGCAGCAGCCAUUGAGGUCUCCACGGAAACAGAUGAGGAGGAUACAGAGGAGGAACUGCAGGCUGCUGUUGUUCCAGAGACCGUGCUCCAGAGGCUUUCCAGUGGGCUGCACUUCUGCUGGGUGCUGGUGUCUGCUCUACUGGACUCCCUGACUACAUGGCUCCGUGGCUUGUGUCAAGAGCACAUUGAUAUUUCCACCGUUCUCCGGAUAGAGAGAUGCAUGCUCACUCAGCAGGCCCGUCAGGGCACAGCUCCAUCUCGAGAAGGCAUUCACCUCUACUACCAGCAGCAGCUAAAGAGGAGCUCCAAGGAGUCCGGACUGGACCACAGAGCCCACACAGGGCCUGAGUCAGACCAUAAUAAACCAGAAUCGAACUAUAAUGUGUCUGACUACACUGUCCCAGACCACACUGGACCAGACCACACUGAACCAGACCAUACCAAACCAGAACACACCGGACCAGACCAUAAAGGACUAGACCAUACUGACAUGGAGCACAUUGAACCAGAGCUCACCAAACGAGAACACUGUGAACUGGGCCCUACCCAGCAAGAUCUCACUGGAAAAGGCCACACUGAACUGGACCACACUGAACCGGACCACACUGAACCGGACCACACUGAACUGGAUCACACUGAACCAGACCACACUGAACUGGAUCACACUGAACUGGAUCGAACUGAGCCAGACCACUCUGAACCAGAGCGUUCUGAACUAGAACACUGUAAAUCAGACCCCACCAGUCCAGACCACACUGGAAAAGACCACACUGAAUUAAGCCACACUGAACUGGACCACUCUGAACCAGACCAAACUGGACCAGAGCUCACCAAACUAGAACACUGUGAACUGGACCCCAAACAACCAGAUUUCACUGCAGAAGACCACGCAGAACAAGGCCUUACUGAACUGGACCAUACUGAAACUGAGCAGGACCUGAGUGGACUUGGACCACACGAUGGUGCACAUAGGCUGGACCGCACGGAGCAGGAACAUGAUGGACUCAGACCUGACCUGUGUGGAUUGGAAAAGGAUCCAACUAAACACAGCAAACACAUCAAACCAGACAAGUCAAGUGAAUUGUCCUGUGUGACGAGUGGAGCAGAGAGCGGAGUGGGUGCCCGGCGCAGACCCAGGCUGCUGAAGAUGAGGAGGGUGAGGUCGUCAUCUUCAUCAGAGGGAGAAGAGGAGCUCCCACACAGCUGGAGUCAUCUGCCUCCCUCCUACAGCCUGGCUCUGGGUCUGGACCAGGACCCUGAGCUCCUCCAGGGACGCCUCAGCACAGAGGAGCAGCUCCAAGCAGAGCCGCUGGAGUCCCCUCUGUCUCUGUGUCGCACCCAGGAACUGACAGCCAGCGAACUGCUCCAGAACAGGACGUUCUACGAUGAAGAGCUGGAGGCCUCAGACCACUUUUUUAGUAGCCAGCCUCAGCUGCUGCAGCUCUGCUACACUCUCUACAGCAUCCUGGCAGCAAGGUCUGAAGCUGUGUGCUUCCUGGUCAUGGUGGUGAACCACAUGGUGUCGGCCUCCUGCCUGACUCUGGUGCUGCCUGUACUGGUCUUCCUGUGGGCUUCGCUCUCAGUGCCUCGGCCCAGUAAGGCCUUCUGGAUGACAGCUAUCAUCUACACUGAGGUUACCAUCGUCAUCAAGUAUUUUUUCCAGUUUGGAUUCUUUCCAUUUAAUCAGAAGCUUGAGGUGGACCGCUCCAAGCCCUUCCAUCCUCCCAACAUACUGGGAGUGGAGAAGAAGGAGGGCUAUGUGAUCUAUGACCUGCUGCAGCUGCUCAUUCUGUUCUACCACCGAGCCAUACUUAAGUGCCAUGGGCUGUGGGACCAGACUGACCCUGAGCCAAACAGCCCCGGUAUCCAGCUCAGCUCUACCCGCACCUCUUGUUCAGAGCCAGGAGGGGGAGAACCUACACCUCCACACCCAGCAGGCAGGAGGAGGGAGCAGCCAGGGUUUAGCCCGGAGUCUCCCGCAGAUAGUGGCGGCUCCAGAGUCCAACCAGAAAGAAAAGUGUUCAUGUUUCUAACCAAACUGCGAAACAUGUCCCUGAAAGCCCAACACCACUCCUUCACCAGGGUGCAUGCAGCAUGCUCCCCAGUGCAGGACUUCUUCCGGGCUCUAGUGCAGCCGGAGUACAGCGCGGUCACUGAUGUCUACGUGCUCAUGUUCCUGGCUGACACAGUGGAUUUCAUCAUCAUCGUCUUUGGCUUCUGGGCCUUUGGGAAGCACUCAGCAGCUGCAGACAUCACCUCCUCUCUGUCCGAGGACCAGGUUCCUGAGGCCUUCCUGGUCAUGGUGCUCAUUCAGUUUGGCACUAUGGUGAUAGACCGCGCACUCUACCUCAGAAAGACGGUCCUUGGGAAGCUGGUGUUCCAGGUCAUCCUGGUGCUGGGCAUUCACUUCUGGAUGUUCUUCAUCCUCCCCACCGUCACUGAGAGGCGUUUUAACCAGAACCUGGUGGCACAGCUGUGGUAUUUUGUAAAGUGUGUAUACUUUGGUCUGUCAGCGUAUCAGAUCCGCUCCGGGUACCCAACUCGAGUCCUGGGCAACUUCCUCACCAAAAGCCACAACUACCUCAACCUCUUCCUCUUCCAGGGUUUCCGCCUGGUGCCCUUCCUGACCGAGCUGAGGGCUGUGAUGGACUGGGUUUGGACUGACACCACGCUGUCCCUGUCCUCCUGGAUCUGUGUGGAGGACAUCUACGCUCACUGCUUCACCCUUAAGUGCUGGAGGGAGUCAGAGAAGCGCUACCCUCAGCCACGCGGACAGAAGAAGAAGCGUGUGGUAAAGUAUGGCAUGGGCGGUCUCAUCGUGCUGCUGCUCAUCUGCAUCGUUUGGUUCCCUCUCCUCUUCAUGUCUCUGGUCAAGUCUGUGGCCGGAGUGGUCAACCGGCCGCUGGACGUGUCCGUCACCAUCACCCUGGGAGGCUUCCAACCCAUUUUCACCAUGAGCGCCCAGCAGAACCAGCUGAGGGAGCUGAGUGAGUACGAGUACCAGGCCUUCCUGAGCUCCUACAGCUACGAGCCGAGUGCCCUGCAAUUUUUGGAGGCUUAUGGAGCAGAAGAUGUGACCGUGGCAGCGCUCCCUGGCAGCAGUAACUCUCUGUGGACCAUCAGCCCACCCAGCCGCAGUUACCUCAGCCAUGUGCUCCACCUGGAGAACUUCCCCCUCACACUGUCCUGGACUGUCCAGAGGAAUCUGAGCCUGGGAGCCAAGGCUGAGUUGGCCUCAGGGAAACAUGUGACAUACCUGGACGACCACACACGCCUGGAGCUCAUCCAGCUUCUCAAUGGCACAAGAACUCUGCCUGUCGUGAUUCCAGAUGUGUUUCCCUGUUUUCUACGUGCACCGAGUGAUUCCAACGCGAAACCCAUCGAUCAGCUCUACCCAGAUGAGCGCUUUAAGGACAUCCUGCUAGCCCUGGAGCGAACAACCAAUUGGCAAUCGGAUAUGCAGGAGUGGUGGAUUGUUGAUCAAUCAGCUGACAGCAUUGUCCAUCUGGGGGGUAUGGCCAUGGAGCUUCGGGAAGCAGGACUCCAGCUCUUUGUGUUUAGUGACAAAGUCAGCCCCCCGAGUCUGGGCUUCCUGGCUGGAUAUGGGAUCAUGGGCCUGUAUGCCUCUGUGGUGCUGGUCAUUGGGAAGUUUGUGCGAGAGUUCUUCUCUGGAAUCAGCCAUUCCAUCAUGUUUGAGGAGCUGCCCUGUGUGGACCGCAUCCUCAAGCUCUGCACAGACAUCUUUCUGGUGCGAGAGACUGGUGAGCUGGAGUUGGAGGAGGAGCUGUACGCUAAGCUCAUCUUCCUAUAUCGAUCCCCAGAGACUCUGAUCAAAUGGACACGACGAUGACGCAACUUAAAUGUUCUACUAUGAGAUAGAC